CUGAGCAUGCGGACACUCAGCACACCCAGUCCAGCAUUAAUAUUUCCACUGAAUUCCCCUGGUUUCCAGAAUGGCAGAGGGUCGUCGACGUCUUCAUCCUCAGUCACUGGAGAGACUGUUGCCAUGGUCCACUCGCCGCCUCCAACCCGUCUCACUCAUCCUCUCAUCCGGCUGGCGUCCAAGCACCAGAAGGAACAGGCCAACAUAGACCGGCUGCCUGACCACUCCAUGAUCCAGAUCUUCUCCUUCCUGCCCACCAACCAGCUGUGCCGCUGUGCCCGCGUGUGCCGCCGCUGGUAUAACCUUGCCUGGGACCCCCGACUCUGGAGAACUAUUCGCCUGACUGGCGAGACAAUCAACGUAGACAGGGCUCUUAAAGUGCUGACCCGGAGGCUUUGUCAGGAUACACCCAACGUAUGUCUCAUGUUGGAGACAGUAAUUGUUAGUGGCUGCAGGCGGCUCACAGACAGAGGACUCUACACCAUUGCCCAGUGCUGUCCAGAACUGAGGAGGCUGGAGGUGUCUGGCUGUUACAAUAUCUCCAAUGAGGCGGUCUUUGAUGUCGUGUCACUGUGCCCAAACCUGGAACACCUGGAUGUGUCAGGCUGCUCCAAAGUAACGUGCAUCAGUUUGACUCGUGAAGCUUCCAUCAAGCUGUCUCCUUUACACGGGAAACAAAUCUCCAUUCGCUACUUGGACAUGACAGACUGCUUUGUACUGGAGGACGAAGGACUGCACACCAUUGCCGCUCACUGCACUCAACUGACCCACCUGUACCUGCGCCGCUGUGUCCGCAUCACCGACGAGGGUCUCCGCUACCUGAUGAUUUACUGCACGUCCAUUAAGGAACUCAGUGUGAGCGACUGUCGCUUUGUCAGUGACUUUGGCAUGCGGGAGAUUGCCAAGCUGGAGUCGCGCCUGCGGUACCUUAGCAUCGCUCACUGCGGCCGGAUCACAGACGUGGGCAUCCGUUACAUAGCCAAAUACUGCAGCAAGCUGCGCUACCUCAACGCGCGGGGCUGCGAGGGCAUCACGGACCACGGGGUGGAGUACCUCGCCAAAAAUUGCACAAAACUCAAAUCACUAGAUAUUGGCAAGUGCCCUCUGGUCUCAGACACCGGCCUGGAGUUUCUAGCUCUCAACUGCUUCAACCUGAAGCGCCUGAGCCUGAAAUCGUGUGAGAGCAUCACUGGACAGGGCCUGCAGAUUGUAGCUGCCAACUGUUUUGACCUGCAGAUGUUGAACGUGCAGGACUGCGAAGUCUCUGUGGAUGCUCUGCGAUUUGUUAAACGACAUUGCAAGCGCUGUAUUAUAGAGCACACCAACCCUGCCUUCUUCUGAAAGGACACCCCACACGUGUCAUUACAAUGCAGUAUUAAAAACACUGAUGUAUAAACACACGCUCCCAUAUUCUGUAAUGUUGUCUUUUCUAUAGCUCACGGGAGUCAGCUUUUCUUGUAUGUUGUGGGUGAGAGGGGUUUCUAGAGGACUAUUUUGUUUGCUUUUUCUAUGAUCACUUUUUAAGGUGUGGUGGGUCUCCAUGGAGAGGCUGCUUUAAUGCAAAAGCAAUGAGUGCUCAGCAUCCCCAGUGGGGUGCCAUUUACAUUACAGUCAUGAUUUUGUCCCAGGCUGCAGUAGCUACCUCCAAAGGAAAUAGCACAUAAUCCCUCCUUUGGAAAUGUUACUAAGCUGUGUCAAAUACAUCUGAAUUCCAGCUGUGCUCAUGAAGCUGACUAUGCAAUAUGUGUCUGUGUUCCCCAACUUCUUCCAAUAUGGCUGAUAUAGCAUCCCCUUGUCUCCAAGUAGUUUCUGUUUGGUAGUGAUCCAUUGUAAUCCCUCAGGAAAUACUGGGUAGUGUUCUUAAACAUACUUGAUUGAGGCAGAAUAAGACCUGCUGGCCAUUGCCGAGCACUCUGCUGAGUGAAUCUGGAGACUGUGCCCAUGCAUGGAUUCUCUUGGAAAGCCCCCCUCCAGGUCACUCGUGCAUC